CGCGGAGGCGGCCGUGAUCAUGGCUGCGGAAGGGGAAGGCAAGAAUUGUCCGGGACCGCAGGCAGCUCAGCCAACUGGUUAAAGUUCUUAUGGCAGCCGUCUUCCCUGUUCCAUUUUCCAGCUUCUUGCAAAAUUGCUGAGGAGGUUAGAGGCUGCGUCAGACCACCACGGCUACCUACCUGAAUCUCGAAAAUUUUAAUGGAGUUUAACAAUAAGGAGUAGAGUGUUUUGAAAACUGAACUAUGGGAAUGGAAGUGUACUCUGGAAAGAGCACUUGAAGUUCCCUGUGAGCAAGAACAACUUUGGAGGAUAGCCUGUGUGGACUGCUGGAGGCACUGAACCUUUCUCCCCACUUAAGCAGAGCUUCACAUUUGGCCAAUGUUCUCUGGGCCCAAACAACCAGCUGUUGUUUUGGGGCCUCAAGAUGGCCUCCCUCGCAAGCGUCCAGAAUUUGGAGAAUGCUGACAGUGUCGCCGCCGCUUCUUCUCUCCUGGAGGAGAAGCCCAAAAGCAAAGGGUUUUUCCAGCUCGGCUCCUUCUUCCAUUCCCGGAACGAGAAGUACGUCAUCGCCAGGAGCGAAAGUGUCCCGGAGGAGAACGUUUUGAAGAUCACCAUCACUGAAACCACUGUCAUUGAGUCGGACCUGGGCAUCUGGAACUCCCAUGCACUCAUCUACCUCACCUUGUGGUUUUUCUUCAGCUUUUGCACACUUUUUCUUAACAAGUACAUCCUUUCGCUGCUAGAAGGGGAGCCGAGCAUGCUGGGCGCUGUUCAGAUGCUGUCUACCACUUUCAUCGGCUGUGUCAAAAUGUUCGUCCCUUGCUGCCUCUACCAACACAAGACCCGCGUCUCAUACCCUCCCAACUUCCUCAUGAUCAUGUUGUUUGUCGGGCUGAUGAGGUUUGCAACUGUGGUCUUGGGCCUAGUCAGUCUGAAGAACGUAGCUGUCUCCUUUGCUGAGACAGUGAAAAGCUCCGCCCCCAUUUUUACCGUCAUCAUGUCCCGCAUGAUUUUAGGAGAGUACACAGGAUUGCUUGUAAACCUGUCUCUUCUCCCCGUCAUGGGAGGGCUCGCUUUGUGCACUGCGACAGAGCUGAGCUUCAACGUCCUAGGCUUCUCGGCAGCUUUGUCUACAAACAUCAUGGACUGCUUGCAGAACGUUUUCUCCAAAAAACUGCUCAGCGGAGACAAGUAUCGCUUCUCCGCUCCUGAGCUUCAGUUCUACACCAGUGCAGCUGCAGUGAUCAUGCUGAUUCCAGCUUGGAUCUUUUUCAUGGACGUGCCAGUAAUUGGGAGAAGCGGGAAGAGCUUCCAGUACAACCAGGAUGUCGUCGUGCUGCUUCUGAUAGACGGAGUGCUGUUUCAUCUCCAAAGCGUUACAGCCUAUGCCUUGAUGGGAAAGAUUUCCCCUGUGACUUUCAGCGUUGCCAGCACGGUGAAACACGCCCUGUCCAUCUGGCUAAGCAUCAUCGUGUUUGGCAACAAGAUCACCAGCCUCUCGGCCAUCGGGACUGUCCUGGUGACAAUUGGGGUUCUGCUCUAUAACAAGGCCAAGCAGCACCAGCAAGAGACCAUUCAGAGCCUGGCAGCAGCCUCUCCUCCCCAAGCGUCCCAGAGCUUCAACGAAGACACCAAACCACUGAUUCCCAAGGACUUGAAACCCUACGAAUGAGGCCACCCUCUGUCCCUCUGCCACAACUUUGCUGCAGAGAAGCAUGGGGUGUUUUUAUUGGGGGUGGGGUGUCAAGUAUACAAUCCCAGCGAAUAACGGGGCUGUGGGCACUUGCUGGGGGCAAGGCCUUUUUUCUGCGGUUAAGAAAAAUGAGUUGCACGUCAACAUACACACACACACAGAGAGAGCUCUUUGAGAAGCGGAUGUAUAGAAUGGAAACGUAUGGACUUUUGACUCUGUCUAAAGAGCUUGCAAAAUGUCAGGCGGUUGCUUGGGGCCCAGCCUCCACCAAAGCAAUGUGAAAUACAGCAAGUUUCCCCAUCGGCGGCACAGCACUGCCGACCCAUCUCAUCCGUUGCAGGGACUUGAGCUGAAACGUCUGCGUUUCGAAAAGACUACGAAGCAACGGUCAGUUGGGAUAGGGGAAGGUCAGCCACCACUUCAGCCCAAAAGCCCAAGACGGUUAAGAGCAUUGUUUUCUGGAGAUUCAAAACCAGCAAAAGGUGGAACGGUUUGGGGCUGUGGGGAUUCUUAACCACUAGCAUGUUGCGUGACAGAUGUGCACCCCAUCAUCCCCGAGCCCCAAACACACAAUGGACUGAAAAGGGGGGAUACCACUGUCUCUCACUUUCUCUUAUUGGCAAAACCCUCCAGAGACCUUUCAGCCAACAAGGAGAUGAUAUCAUCAGUUCUGAUAGCAAUCCUCCACACACACAAUUUUGGUAGCCAUCUUCUUUUACACAUACACACACACACCCCAAGUUUAAUUUCUAGGUGCCUUCCGAAGUGAAAUGUACGUUAUUAAAAGCAUGGCUGGGAAAUAUUUUGCACUAGAGGUCAGGUAGGUGGGCAGCUUUGAAUGUCUUAUCUCACCCCACCUUCAGUUUUGAGACUGUGUAGGUAGGCAAUAAAUAACGGACUCUUGGAAAAUGUGGGGGUACCAGCUUGAUACACAUAGCAAAGCUUGCUUCUGAGAAUUAUGAAUUGGGAACCAAAGGAGGAAGAAGCAGGGUCCCUUUUGUUUUAAACGGAAGAAAGAAAAAUAAGGGGGAAAUGGCAGAGGUGUUCCUACCUUCUCAUGAGGUUUCAGGUUAGUUCACAAGGUUGUUAACAGCGGGGUGGGUGGUUGGGACACUGGGGUUUUCCAGUUCUGUUCUGGGUCAAUGGCUGUAGUCAGCAACUAACACGGCCAAAAGUUUGCAUUGAGAAGGAAGCAGAGGCUGGUGGGUUGUAGUCCCUGCUUGCCCUACUUAGAGGAGACCCACCGAAGUUAAUAAGCAGGACUCGCUUAUUUCACUGGGUCUUCUCUGAGUAGAGCUAAAGUUGGAUGCAGCCCAUAGGAGCAAAGGAAGCUGAUUCAUACUGUGUCGGCUCAGUGUUGUCUGCACUGGCCGGCAGCAACUCCAGUGUUUCAGACAGGACUGUUCCCAGCCUUACUUGGAGAUUCCAGGGGUUGAACCUUAGGCAUGCAAAGCAGAUGCUGUAACACUUGAGCUGCAUCCUUCCAGGUAGAAGGUGACAGGACAAACUCUCUGCCUGCGAACUCACAAGUAGACAGCAGCAAGCCAGUAUAGACCAGUGGUCUAAGACUUGGCAUCAUUUUGAGUAGGUUUGCAUGAAAUUUUGUACACUGCCUUGCAAGGACAAUUGCACCCUAAAAGGCAUUUUAUAAGUUAUAUACGGUGCCGUCCUAAUGAUGUCUACUCAGAAGUAAGCCUUCCUUAAUUCAGUGGGGCUUCUUCCCAGGUAGGCACGGUAUAGGAUUGCAGCCUGUAGAAUGAAUUAAAACAGGUCUUUGCGAUCCAUGUUUUGUGCUGGAUAGAACGGGAAAGAGCGAGAGAGCCCAUAAGCUAGGGCCUCCCUGGCCCACAGAGAUGUGGUUGCAAAUGGCAGAGUAAACAGGCUUAACUUUAGGGUUGCGCUGCUCAAUACUGUUUAGUAUUGUGCUACAUUUCAGCAGGGACACCUGCCCUUUUGCAAAAAAAGGGGGAAAAAAGAAAGCUGUGUGUCAUUGAGCCACAAGAACACCAGCCACGUUACUACAGCUCAACAGAGGCUGGUCCAUCUGGGCGUGUUGCCCCACCAACCUCAGCCGGCCCCCACCUGCCUGCAUUCUUACUUGCAGCAAGACCAGGAGGUGGCAUUGGUUGUCAUUCUCAGUGUUUCCUCUGGAGACAAAAUUAGAAUUGGCUGGCUCUGGCUGCCAUUGGCUCUGGCGCCACCUACUGUUGGCCUCCCUGCUUUCUGCCCUACCAGACACUACUGGUAAAAUUUUACCCAAGUCUGCCAAUCACCAGCUAGUUUAACAUCCUAUGCACGCCUAAGAAAUAAGCUUCGCUGAGUUAUUCAGGGCUUACUCCCAGGUAUGUGUAUAUAGGAUUGCUGCCAAAGUGAAACACAACCAUAGCCGUGAAGAUAAGCAUUUUGUCCAUUACAGAUGUUAGACCUGCGUAUCACAGUAGGUGCCACUUUAGGGGGUGUUCACUCCCAUGUGUAAGAGAAAUAGGAGUACCUCUUUCAAGCUGACAUAUUUUUGUGUGUUAUCAGUAUUUCAUGCUGUAGUUGUAUGUGUUUUUAGCCACGCGAUGAACGGGGGAACUUUUUUAAAAAAACUUAUUAGGAAGCUUUUUGUUGGGUAAGCAAAUCAAUUAACUGAUACUAAACAUUUAACAACUGAAUGUUUGGCUGAGGAGUUGCCAACUUUUUCAGGCCUGUCUGCUCCACUGCCUCCAGUCACCUUUUCCCCAGCUCAGCCCUGCCCUCAAGGGCCAGAAAUAGAGAACGUGUGUAUUUGCAUACUUUGUUUUUUUCCGAGGGCUCUGUGUAAAAGUCAGAUCCGGUAGUAGAGCCUUGAAAAGAGUUGAAAGAGGAAGUGGGAAAGAGCGCCUGUCUAUCAGCAUCCUCCUUCAGCUCUAUGUAUCUUUCAAAGUGGGGGUAGGGAGGGAAGGUCACCACCCUCACCAGCUUGUGACAGAGGAGACAGUGAGUGGAUAGGGCAAGGGGCUCAGAGGCUUUUUGGGCGCCAGAAGACCUCAAGAGCCCUAUGGUGCCUGCGGGUGUCAUGUUGGCAACUGGUGGUUUAAUCACUAAGCAUUCCAGCACGAAUCCUUAUAAACAGCAUGUCUGUGUUUCAGCAUUGCAUGGGCUUUGCAAUAAGAAUGGCCUCAAAUGGUCAGGUUCAGGAUGGUUGUACUAAUCUAUAAGAUACCUCAUCCUACGAGCCCUGCCUCGGCCUCUGGGCUGCCCAGAAAGAGGCAUAGCCUAGCUACACACAAAACUGGUUUAGCCACAGAUUCCUCCUCUAGCAAUCAUGGGAAAGGUAGUUCCAAGAAACAAAUUACUAAGAGAAUCGACAUAAUUCUCGGCCCUCUUGUCAAGCUACAAUUUCCAAGUCUGCCAGGGAAACAGUGACAGUUAAGCCCCUCAUGGACAUCAAACCAAUUUACGUCUGUGGUGUGGAACAGUGCUUUUCCACUAAGUUCCUAGUUGAUGGUGGACUGCAACUCCCACUGUCCCCGACUGCUGCCACAGUUGGCCAGGAAUGAUGGGAGUUGUAGUCCAGCAGCAUCUGGGGACCUAAGGUAAUCAGUAUUUGACGGUGUUUUAAUCAAAGAUGAUGUUUCUGGGAAAUGCCUGCAAUUUAGAUAAAUAGUUCACAUUUGUUAUCCAGAAAAUGACAAGAUGUUUUUUUCCUGCGGAAACUUGAACACACAAUCUCUCAUGGGUGCUUUUUAUUUUUUUUUUUUUGCAAUGGGGCCAAACUUUAAGUAUAUUGGGAUACCAAUAUGAAAAUAAAAGUGUAUGCAAUACAUAAUUGAGUAUGUUCACUCUUCCAGUAUUGACUUAAUGUGGAACAUCCACCCGCUUUAUAAACCUGCUUUCAAGCACAACCAAUUUAAUGUAACACUGACAUCCGUAUAACGUCUCCAAAUGGACUGAUCCUGUGGAUGAGCUUUUGCUACCUGCGUAAGAGGCAAAAAUACAAGCUGCAAUGUUGUUGUUUUUAAAGGAAAGAAACCUGUAACUGUACAUAAUCCUGUUUUUGUUCACUGUAUCUUCUCCUUUGGUAAAUAAAAACAAAACCAUG